CCUGCACAUGCCCACAUGUGUCUCUUCACUUCCUUCCCCUCGUGAAGGAGCGUGGUGAAGAUGGCGGCUCAGGACUCCAAGCCGAGUGAUCUGUAUAAAUGCGUGUAUUCCUUCCUGCUGGAGAACAAGUUCACUAAAGCUGCCCAGCAGUUCCUGAAGCAGACCAAAGUGACUCCUCAGGAUGAAAACGAUGAAAGUCUGGUCAACAUUUUCAACUACUGGGUGAAAUCUCCUGAAGCCCGAAAACGAAAAACCCCUUCAACCUCUGAAGCAACAAACGGUCCGUCCGCCAAGAAAGCCAAAACCAGCGCAGAGAGCUCCAGCAGUGAGGACUCCAACAGCGAGGAUGAAACAGCCAAACCAACCAAGGCGGCCCCGGCAGCAGCUAAAGUGGUUCCUGCUAAAGCAGCAGCUGCAGCUAAAGCGGCGUCCAGCAGCAGCGAGGACUCAAGUGAUUCUGAGGAGGAGAAGGCUCCAGCUAAACCUCCUGCAAAGGCUCCAGUGAAGCCAGCAGCUGCUGCGCCUGCUGCAGCGAGCAGCAGGAAGAAGGACAGCAGCUCCAGCAGUGAAGAGUCGGACUCUGAGGACGAGCAGCCGGCCAAAACUCCUGCAGCCAAACCAAAGGCAGGAGCUGUCACCACUCCCAAAGCAGCCGUCCCUGCUAAAGCUGCAGCUCAGAAGAAGGCAGAGAGCACCAGUGAGGAUUCCUCCUCUGAGGAUGAGGAGCCAGCCAAGGCUCCAGUGAAACCUGCUCCAGUAAAACCUGCUCCAGUGAAGCCCGCUGCUGCUGCUGCUGAGUCCAGCAGUGAAGAUUCCUCAUCCGAGGACGAGGCUCCACCCAGCAAGAAACCCAAAGCAGGAGAGUACAGUGCAGUCCCUCCUCCUGCUGCUGCAGUGCAGAAAGCUCCAGCUGCAGCCAGCAAGGCUAAAGCCAGCAGCUCGUCCAGCGAUGACAGCAGUGAUGAGGAAGAGGAGAAGAAAGUAGCAGUUAAACCGGCUCCAGCUAAACCGGCUCCAGCUAAACCGGCUCCAGCUAAACCUGCUGCUCCCAAACCCGCUGCAAAGAAGGCUGAGUCCAGCUCUGAGAGCUCAGACUCAAGCUCAGAGGAAGAGGAGGUGAAGAAGCCUGCAGCCAAAGUAACCCCUGCAAAACCUGCCGCAGCCAAGGCUGCCCCUGCCAAGAAAGAAGAGUCCGACUCAUCGAGUUCAGAGGACGAAGAGGAGGCCAAGAAACCUGCAGCAAAAGUGACCGCCACUAAAGCUGCUCCAGCUAAAGCUGCUGCAGCAAAGAAAGACUCCUCAGACGAUGAGUCCAGUUCAGACGAGGAAGAGGAGGCGGCGAAGAAGCCUGCAGCCAAACCUGCACCGGCCAAGACCCCCCCUGCUAAGAAAGCUGAGUCAUCCAGCUCAGAAAGCAGCUCUGAAGACGAGGCUCCCGCUAAAAAACCUGCAGCCACACCAAAACCUGCUGCUGCUGCCAAACCUGCAGCCAAGGCAGCAGAGAGCUCUGACUCUGACUCCUCCUCUGAAGAUGAUGAACCAGUGAAAGCAAAGCCAGCAGCUAAACCAGCAGCUAAACCAGCCACCCCAGCUGCUAAGCCUGCAACCCCCGUCACAAAGCCUGCUGCUGCAGCAGAGAGCAGUUCAGACUCUGACUCCUCUGAAGAAGAGGAACCGGUCAAAGCUAAACCUGCAACACCUGCAGCAAAGCCUGCAGCAAAGCCCUCUACUCCUGCGGCAAAGCCUGCUGCAGCUGCAGAGAGCAGCUCUGACUCUUCCUCUGAGGAGGAGGAGGAUGCAGCUAAAGCAAAGCCUACAGCUAAACCAGCUACCCCAGCCUCCAAGCCCGCUACCCCUGCAGCAAAACCUGCAGCGAAACCUGCAGCUGCAGCGGAGAGCAGCUCUGACUCUGAUUCCUCUGAAGAAGAGGAACCGGUCAAAGCUAAACCUGCAGCAGCUAAACCAGCGACCCCUGCAUCCAAGCCUGCAACUCCUGCUGCAAAGCCCGCUGCUGCAGCUGAGAGCAGCUCUGACUCUGACUCUUCUGAUGAAGACGAACCAGCCAAAGCUAAACCUGCAACACCCGCAGCAAAGCCUGCGUCAAAGCCCUCUACUCCUGCAGCAAAGCCUGCUGCUGCAGCUGAGAGCAGCUCUGACUCUUCCUCUGAGGAGGAGGAACCGGUCAAAGCAAAGGCUGCUGCAGCUAAACCCGCAGCAACCAAGCCUGCAACACCGGCUUCAAAGCCCUCUACUCCUGCAGCAAAGCCUGCCGCUGCAGCAGAGAGCAGCUCUGACUCUGACUCUUCUUCUGAUGAAGACGAACCAGCCAAAGCUAAUCCUGCAACACCCGCAGCAAAGCCUGCAGCAAAGCCUGCGUCAAAGCCUUCUACUCCUGCAGCAAAGCCCGCUGCAGCUGCAGAGAGCAGCUCUGACUCUGACUCUUCUUCUGACGAGGAAGAAACAGUCAAAGCUAAACCUGCAGCAGCUAAACCUGCAACCCCCGCAGCAAAGCCUGCGUCAAAGCCCUCUACUCCUGCAGCAAAGCCUGCUGCUGCAGCAGAGAGCAGCUCUGACUCUUCAUCAGAAGAUGAAGAGCCAGCCAAAGCUAAACCCGCAACACCCGCAGCAAAGCCUGCGUCAAAGCCCUCUACUCCUGCAUCAAAGCCUGCUGCUGCAGCUGAGAGCAGCUCUGAAUCUUCUUCUGACGAGGAGGAAGAUGCAGCUAAAGCAAAGCCAACAGCAGCUAAACCUGCUACCCCAGCCUCCAAGCCCGCUACCCCUGCAGCAAAACCUGCUGCUGCAGCAGAGAGCAGCUCAGACUCUUCUUCUGACGAGGAGGAAACGGUCAAAGCUAAACCUGCAACACCCGCAGCAAAGCCUGCAGCAAAGCCCUCUACUCCUGCGGCAAAACCUGCAGCUGCAGCUGAGAGCAGCUCUGACUCUGACUCCUCUGAAGAAGAGGAACCGGUCAAAGCUAAACCUGCAACACCCGCAGCAAAGCCGGCACCAAAGACCUCCACGCCUGCUUCAAAGCCUGCAGCAGCAGCAGAGAGCAGCUCUGACAGCGAGAGCUCUGAGGAAGAGGCGUCCAAACCUGCAGCCAAGAAACAAACCCCUGCAGCAGCUGCAGCAAAGAAACCUGCAGCUAACGCCAAAGCUAAAGAGAGCAGCUCGUCUGACAGUUCAUCAGAGGAGGAAGAGGAGGCUCCACGCAGAGCGGCCACAGCGCCCACCACACCUUUAACAAACGGAACCAGUGGAAAGAGGAAACGAGAUGAAGAGUCAUCAGAGAGUGAAGAAGAGGAGGCAGACGACAAGACGCCAAACAACAAGAAGGCAUCGACCACACCGCAGACCUUUCCUAAGGCUAAUAAGAAGUCCUCCAACAUCCCGUUCCGUAGAAUAAGAGAAGAAGAAGUGAGCGUGGAUCCUCGUCUGGCUGACAACUCUUUUGAUGCAAAGUACGGGGCGGAGGGGGACUGGGGUCAGAAGGCCAACGACGUGCUCAGGUUCACUAAGGGGAAGUCUUUCCGCCACGAGAAGACGAAGAAGAAGAGAGGAAGCUACCGCGGCGGAGCGAUCUCCACGACAAUCAACUCCAUCAAGUUCGACAGCGACUGAGGACUUUCCUCCUCGCUCUGACCCCCCCUCCCACCUGGACUCUACUGUACCUGUGUGAUCAGGACGGUCAGCUGUCCUUCCCUUACAAACAAACCUAUCAUCUUCUUCAUCACCUGACUGACGGACGCAUGUGAGAACUCUUCCAUCGUAGUGUCUGCUCUUCAUUAGUCCUGAGGUAACAGCUGUGAGUUCAGAUAUCCGUGUGACAGUACCACUUAUAGCCACUAGGUGGCUGCAGGCCUCCUGUAAGGGGGGCCCAGACGACAUGUUGGGCCUUGUGUAUGGUUCUGGCUCUGCUUCAUUAGAUUUCUUUGUUAAUUGUGUUUUCAGUCGUGUGUUUGACAGACAGACGGGUUCUUCUUCACCAGGUGAAAAGGCUGACGCUGAUUUUUAUGGAUGUCUUUGGUUAUUGAUGAUUCUUUGUUUGUCCGUGCAGACGGCGUGUCCCCGGGUGUUUUCUCUCUCCAGGUAACGUUUAGAGUAGAACUGAGUUUUAUACCGUGUAUUUAUUAUGUUUUAUUCCAGUUCAUCUGUAAGGACCUCUAAAGCCAUCUUUGCUCUCUCCUCUGUUUAGUUUUGAAAUCAUCCAUCAGAGGUCUGGAGUCUGUUCAUUAACUUUACUGAGAGCCAUGUUUGUUUCAGUUAUUUCACUUCACUAAAGGAGCUUUUGUGAACCUCUAAUUUUUAAUUGUCAAUUCUUUGUAGCUGUGAUUAAACGCCUAAUGGAUGAAA